UUAAGAUGCCAUCAAUUAAUUACAGAAUCGUAUUAACAUCUUAAGACAUUGUUUGAGAAAUCUUGAAAUAAGAUUUGACGAAUACCGGCCAUAGGCACUCGUAUAGCGACAUUCAACCGACAUACGACAUUCUUGUAACUUGCGACACGGCUUGUGCGAUUAUUGUAGAUGAGACUUUAUAAUUCUUUUUGGCUGUAUUGUUCCUAGUUCCUAUCAGUUUCUGUCAGUUUUCUAUGGGAAAAGCGGGUGUUAUAUUGUAAAGAAAAAUUCAAGUUUGCAUUUACGAAAUGGGGAAGAAAGACAAAAAAAAUACUAAUAAAAUAAGUGGUCAGAUGAAAACUGCAUUAAAAACGGAAAAAAAGCUCAAUGCCAAGCAGAAAAAGGAAUUAGCAGCGCUUGGUGAGGACGACAUAGAGAAAGUUGUUGCCGAAAUUGAAAGAGAAGAGGCUCGCAGGCAAUGCAUAAAAGAAGUAGUGAUAGAUGCGCCGCUUAGACGAGUUAAUUUUACCUUGACGGCGCAUCCUUUCAAAGAUGAAAUUAUAAUGUUUGGUGGGGAGUUUCACGAUGGUCGACAGACGAUUGUGUACGGCGACAUGUUUUUUUAUAACAUCAACAAGCGAGAAUGGACGUUGGUAAAAGCGCCAGGAGCACCGCCGCCACGAUGUGGCCAUCAAGCAGUAGCCACAACGAAUUGCAGUGGUGAAUUGUGGGUGUUUGGUGGCGAAUUUACUAGCCCUAGCGAAUCGCAAUUUUAUCACUAUCGAGACUUGUGGGUAUUUCGAUUCAUCGACAAGAAGUGGGAAAAAAUCACAACUCCGAACGGACCAUCAGCCAGAAGUGGACACAGAAUGGUGCACAUGAAAAAACAGCUAAUAGUGUUCGGCGGAUUCAACGACAAUCUGCGACUCGACUAUAAAUAUUAUAAUGAUGUUUACAUUUUUUACCUGGAGACUUAUACGUGGCAAAAAAUCGAGCCUAUUGGUUCUGCACCUGCUCCUCGAUCAGGUUGUAUAUUACUGCCAACUCCGGACCACAAAGUUCUCAUGUACGGCGGCUAUAGCAAGGAGAAAGUGAAGAAGAAUGUAGAUCGAGGUUGCAUUCAUGAUGACAUGUUUCUUCUAACGCAAAUAAACAAAAACGACAUAAUUAAAUACAAAUGGAUCAAUAUAAAGCAAACUGGAACCCGAAUAAGCCCGAGGUGCGGCAUUUCUGCCACACUAAUUCAGCCUGCCGGUAAUCAGGCCUUCUUGUUUGGCGGCGUUUAUGAUGACGAUGAUAACGAAGAGGAGGAUUUGCAUGGAACAUUUUACAACGAUUUGUUUGCAUUGGACUUGGAGAAAUUGUGCUGGCGUGCUAUAACAUUAACUGGAAAGAAGGAAACGGUUGUUGCCAAUAGAAUUGAGAAACAACGAAGAAGAAAGAAACAAAAAGAAGAAAGUUGCGAGGAAGCAACGGAGCAGAUCAAUGAUUCGGAUAAAGAAACGAUGGAAGAUCUCUCGAAGGCUAUGGAAUCUAGCGUUACUGUUGUCGAUGACGGAAUAUUUACGGUAACCAUAGGUUCGAUGGAGCCAUCUACAUCUUCAUCUCUUCAAUCCAUCUCGACAGCAAUAAAUAGCAAAGAAGCAGUAUUUUGUCCAUUACCGAGAAUAAAUGCUGGAAUGGUGGUGAAACACAAUAUUUUGUAUUUGUACGGUGGCAUGAUGGAAGAAAGUAAUCGACAAUACACUUUUUCCGAUUUUUACAGCUUAGAUUGCCGAAAGCUGGAUGAAUGGAAAACUCUGAUGGCAGACAAUUUGUCAUCGCAAAUAUGGUUCGAUUCUUCAGAAAGCUCAGAAGAGAGUGAAAAUGAAGAUAAUAGCGAGCAAGAAGAGAGCGAUGAAUGAAUCACUGAACAUUAAUGAGAACUGAAUGAAGGAAAAUAAUAAAUAAUGAAAAAUGCUUAUAAUUUUUAUUUUUAUUUAAGGAGAUGCUAAAGUGCUCGUCAAACUUGAUCGAGGUCGAUAAUGUAGAGUCAUUUGUAUAUAUCAUUAACAAGAUUUCGUAUGUGUUUCUUUUAUAGAUUCUUUUAUAGAUUAUCAUCAUAUAAACUGGAUUUUAUACCGAAAAUAAAUAAAAUGUAUUAAUUAUUGUGAUAGGAGGAGGGAAAAACAGGAAAAGAAUAACUUUGUGUGCUGAUUAUAGUCAAAACAAUUUUUAUUGUGAUGACGCGUGUGCGCUUCUUGAGCAAGACUGACUAACCAGAGGACUAACUGGACGGACGAACGAACGUACGCCGCAUGACGGAAACGAACGUAAGGUGGGCUGCUACUCGACAAAAUUUGACGGUAACAUCCCCCGCCCCAAAAAAUGAACAAAUUUACAAAACAAAAGUAACUAGCUAAACGUAACAUACAAACUAGUUGUCGUACAUUGAAUCAUAAAGUAUAUAUGUAUUAUAACAUAUUCUAUACUGCGCAAGAAACUGUUUUAUCAAAAUGUUUUUGAGACUGCUCUUUUUCUAACCAUCUGGAUUUGCAGUUAUUAAAAUUAAUCUUUUUUCUAGACUUUAAUCUUACUUUGAGUUGCACGACAUAGUUUGUAUGUGUUAUUCCUAGAGGAAUACGGUUUUAUUUUGUACAUAUAUGUUCAAGAUUCAGUAUUGACUGUAUUACUUUCGUCGCAUUAGAUGGAAACAACUAUUGAUCACUAUCCGCGUAUACAGAGAGUUCAGGGACAGUGUGGUAGAUGAGCUUACUCUUUGCUGAUUGAUGCACAAGUCGGGUUGCCAUUUUCUGAUUGAAUGUCACUUCCUGUUUAUGAAUAUUUAAAUAUGUUUACACACACACACACACACAUAUAUAUAUAUAUAUAUAAUUUCCGAAACAUUAGUUACAUGUAGAAAUUAAUAGGCUAUGGGCUAUUAAGCUAUGGGCUCUAACUCAAACAAUAGAAUGGGGAGAGGGGAAGUGGGGGUAAUUACCUGUCACAUAAAUUUCAAAAUUCUUUUAUUCUUAUUGUUCUUUAUAACAAUUGACCCUAUCAUAAAUUUCAAAAUUCCGUGUUCUUUGUAAUAAUUGAUCCUGUCAUAAAUUUCAAAUGUUUUUUGUUUCCCUAUAACAAAUGACCUGUCAUAAAUUUCAAAAUUCCUUUGUUUUCCUAUAACAAAUGACCAUGUCAUAAAUUUUAAAAUUUCUUUGGUCUAUUGCUUUUUCUAAGAAAUGAGAAACUUGUCUCAACAUGUUUUCGAAAAUCCUUUGUGCUCAGGGGUCGCCGCCGCCACUCGGGUACAUAAGUAAAGAGAUUACUAUUAUUUCAUAUAUAUUUAUAUAUAUAAUGUAAUUUUUAUUUGGUUGUUUAUAAUUUGAGUUAAAUUAUAUAUGCAUAUGUAUUCUAAUUUAAAUUAUAAAUAAUUAAAUAAUAAAAAUUAUAUUACGUAUAUUCCACCUUAGUUACAAUUUGCUCUUUCUCUCUCCCGCUACACUAAUCGUAUAAGCCUUUAUCUUGGCUGCCAGCAAACGCCGAUAUCAGGCUGCUAGAUUUUAUAAACUUUAAAAAUAUUAAAAAAUAUAUUUAAAAAAUAAAAAUACAUCAUUCGGA